UUAUGACCAUUUCCUGUAGGAGAACGAAAGAUCACGCCCAGCCCUCAUUUCAGACACAGAGCAGAGAGGAUGUCUCUGCAGCUCUGAUAUAAUUACAUUUUUAAGAGGAGGAGGCAUCUGUCAUAUAUGUGUGGCCUUUGGGACUGAGGGAAAAAGGAUUUAAGAACAGGACGCCAAGAGCAUGGCUUUUGAGAAGAUCAUCCGUGAAUCCCUUACAGGCUUCAUACAAUGUCACAUCCCCCAUUCUGACCUCAGCGCACUGGAUGAAGUGUUUUAUGCCUAUGUCUCUGGAGUCUUGGAAGAGCUGGGGUCUCAGUACUCAUCAGAAGAGGACUUUGAAAUGGAAUCCUUCGUAGAAAUGCUGGAGGGCUAUAUUCCAGGAUUUUCUGAAAUUAGCAGUGGGAAAGUAUAUGAUAUGUUGUUUGAACUAUCUGGGCGUUUAAGUGAAGCACGAGGCAAAGAAGAAAAUGUUUCUCCCAAACCUACUGUGGAAGUUUUAUUUGUGACACCAGCAUCUCCCAGCACAGAGUCCAGCGAAAAGACUACAACAGAGUCAUUAGAAGGAGCAGUAGCACAGGACAAAGAUGAUCCUAAAAAUGAUGUUGAUCUGCUUUUGGAAAUAUUCCCAUCAUGCACUGUGAGCCAAGCUCAAACAGCCCUGUCUAUGGCAAAGGGGGACUUGGAAGACGCAGUGCAGGUUAUUGUGGAUGGAAAGGUGAUGGUUGACAAUCAUUCUGGAUCAAAGGAUUUGCAAGGAGCUCCAAAAGUAGAAGAUCUAAAAGACUUUAUUUUACAAAAGUACAUGCUGGUAGACACUGAUGAUGACAAAAAAACCUACAGGCCUGUGGCACCAAAAGAGGCUCCCAAGAAAAUGAUCCGGUACAUUGAUAAUCAAGUGGUUAGUACAAAGGGGGAACGAUACAAAGAUAUAAAGAAACCUGAAAGUGAGGAGAUGAAGAAAACCUACAUAAAUCUCAAGCCAGCAAGAAAAUACAAGUUUCACUGAUUGUUUCUGAGCCGGUACAUAAUUUUUACGUGACUGGGCUACAUUUACUUACUGGAUAAACGACUUACUCACAUAUGUUCUGGUCUUGUUGAAACUGAUUGGCUUGCACCAGUGAUGGUUAACCUGGUCAUUGCUGCAUUUCUUCAGUACCCUGAGACUGAGAGUUGCAGUUUAGAAACUACUGACAUGUUUAGGUAAGCUUCAACUGACUUCACAGUUGCACUAAUGAUUCUACCCCAAUUCCCCUACCAGGCAAAGACUCACUGCAGAGUUUAUGAACUCAGAACAGAAUGCAAACAGAACUGUCAAUGUGAUGUCAGCUGCCACAUUUGUACUGGACUGUGUUUUGUAUGUAUAAAAGAUAUGUUGCACCUGUCUAAAAAAAUGUGUAUGCCAGAUUUAUACUAGGAUUAAAUAAUUGUUAACACUCAAAGUACUUGAAAAUGUCCUGUGAACAUACAAGCCUCUGUAAAACUUCCAUAGAAACUGUCAAACUGUAUGAAGUUUAGUUUCUUAUGCAAUAUUAUUAAUAAUACCAGUUUCUAUGAUGAACUGGCACCUCUUAGGUUUAUAACUUUGCCAUGGUGAUCAGUGAUUUGCAUUGGGAAGUUUUCUUUCUGUGCUGCUUUUAUCUACCUUUAUUAAUAUGGGCAGAAUUGUGUGACAGCAUAUAAAACUCCCUAUUGCUACCCAGUGCAGUUACUUAGUAUAACUGAGCUGUAUUUUCUGCAUUUCACAUGCACAUGUAUUUUAUUCAUUCAUUCAUUCAUUCUGUACUGGCUGCUCUGAGCUGAUUCGUGUCCACAACUUCACAUGGAAUUUUCCCUUCUAGCCAAGCUGCCUGAACAAUGCAAAAAAAUGCUAUUUUUUCUCUUAAAACCACUUUGCCUCCAACCACACCGACUCCCCCACCUGCCAAAUUCCAUCUGCCUUUCUAUCUUUAUACAGCAUUUACCCUGGCACAGAACUUGGCUUUGUCAGGUACUGCUCUGUUAAGAUGUUGGUCCCUUCUGCCAUGUACUUGACCCCCCCUACAGCCAGCAUCUGAUGAUACUAAAGCAUCAUUUGAAAGACUAAAUAUAAGUUGUGAUUAAAUAGAUAUUACAGGUGCCUGCGGUAUUUUUUGAUGCAUAACCUGUUUAAGGAGAAUGUUAUUGGAUAAUUAAGAUAUUUUCUUUUUGUUGUAUAUAUAAUAGCUACAUCAGUGCUUUUAGUUGGUGCAUGCAUCUCUUUAGAGUAAGUCUCACAUUGAUAGAGCCUACUUGUGUUUGACAUUAUACUUCACACCAUACAGACAGUGUUACCUUAAAUGGGAAAAUGUAUGAUUAUUAGCUAUUUAAAGGGUCAGUAAAUCCCCCUUUCUCAACAUCAUUAUAUUAAUAUUAAAUAGGGCUUGUGCUGUACAUUGUUUGACUUUUUAAAAAAUAUAUGGUUGUUUAUUGUACUAAGUAAACACAAUCUAAUUCUAGUCAUAUUCUACUUCUAGUUCUUAAAAGCACAAUAAAAACAAAUCAUCAGUCCACUGAGAAGCCAUGUAUAUAAAUAAACCCUUCCCUUUUCUACUGCUACUACCUUUAUUAGGUUUUCAUAAGGAGCAGCUCAUUGUAAAGACUGCUGAUUUGUUUUGUGAAUGUAGUUUCAGAUUUUGUCAAGAAAUAAUAAAUACAAGAAAUAUCAAAAAACUAUAAAUAUUUGCUAUUUAAUAUAGUAGGCAAAAAGUUCAAUACAAGUCCUGUUUCCACUAUUUGUACCAUAGAUGUUUUGGUUUUAAUGUUUAAGGGCAAAUGCACAGUGUACAUUAAGCCAUUCUCAGAUGUACAAGUUAGAUUUAUAGGUUUGUGUACAACCUGACUGCAUUUUAUUUUGAUUCCAGUUUUGAAGAAUCUGUUUUGUUUUUGAAUGUUACCCUUUAUAGGUGUAUGUACAUAUUGUUUCUGUUACUAAAUGAUGUAGUUGGAUUUUUCUCUCUUCUGAAUAAAGUUGGGGAAGAACGUUUUCUUUCCUUUUUUUUUUUU